AGACAGAUUUCGUAACCUCAAUAGUGACAGACUUGGACAAACUUAUUAAUAUUUUGUUUCGCGAAGCAGAGUAUAGCGUUUUCUUACCAUAUUUUUUUGUAUUAUACAAAAACACGUCAAAUAAGUGAAACACGUUAAUAAAUUAAUAAUAAUAUUUUCAUCAAGAUUUGUGGUGAAUUUUGUAUUCUAAAUAAUUACAAGGGGCAAGAGAGUUUUAGUGGAGGAAUAAAAAACAUUUUUUUCUCGACAAAAAAAAUGUCGAUGCUAUUUCGAAGGAUUGUUAGCAAGUUACAAAGAGCUACGUGUCCUCCGUUGAGAUAUUGUACGACUGUAGAAAAUCAAGCAAAAAUUGAAGAUAUCGUUCCAAUUAUAUCUGAGAUACAAUACGACGACGAAAACAAUUUCUAUCAAAAGCCUCGGCAAGUAUGGCUAGAGAAUUUAAAUACCAUAGAGGAAAAGAAAUUAGGUUUGGUUACUUUACACCCACACAUUUAUGCUGCUGCACCCCGUAUUGAUAUUAUUCAUCAGAAUGUAAGAUGGCAGAGAAUGUAUGGUUGGGUCUCUUAUGCGCAUACAAAAACACGUGCUGAAGUCCGAGGUGGUGGUAGAAAGCCUUGGCCACAGAAAGGAACAGGACGAGCUCGCCAUGGGAGUAUACGUUCACCAUUAUGGAGAGGUGGUGGAGUAGCGCAUGGUCCUCGGUCUCCAACGCCGCAUUUUUACAUGUUGCCAUUUUAUACCCGUAUAGCAGGUCUUACGGCAACAUUAUCUGUGAAACUCGCUCAAGAUGAUCUACAUAUAGUCAAUGAAUUAGAAAUUCCAACGUUGGAACCUUCCUAUAUAGAACAGUUAAUCGAGGAGAGAAAUUGGGGACCAUCUGUUCUUUUUAUAGAUAGCUAUGAUAUUAUGCCUACAAAUAUUACGCUAGCUACUGAUCAAAUUAAGCAUGUCAAUAUAAUGCCUGUUUAUGGUUUGAAUGUGUAUAGCAUGUUGAAACACAACACUCUGGUACUUACGGAAAAAGCAGCUAGAUUAAUAGAAGAAAAAUUGCUUUAUCAUUUACAUAGGGCGGAUAAUCGUCAAUUAUUACGUCCAUUUAGACUUAAUCAACAAUGAGAAACGAUUUUUAAUGAAAUUAGAAACUUAUGCAUAUA